AGAUGGGUAUUCCUUAUGUCAUGUGUUAAGCAACUGCAGUGUUAUUGGUGACUUCCUCAUACUGACGCUGCUCUGUACAGACUGUGUGAUAACUCAGUUUACUUAACAUAUCUCUUACAAAUAAAAUGAGGUCACAGAACUUCAAAUAUUUCUGAAAGCUCAAACAAGAACUGUGGGAUUUUAAGAAUGACUGGCAUCACAAGAAGUAAGUAAAGGUUUGUUUUUCUAUUACAGGAUGCUGCUCUCCAGUUUAAGUUUAGCUGGCUUCUUCCUCCUGACCUCAUCCAGUGCUCACAGUAUUGAUAAGUCAUGCAUCUGCUUAGAACUCCGGCCUGCCGGGCUGCACGUCAACUGCAGCUCUUUAAACCUCAUGCAGCUGCCUCUUCUGCCUUCAUUGACCACAGAGCUCCAUUUGGAAGACAACCAGUUCACUUCUGUGUCUCCAGGCCUGUUUGAUAGAUUUUUUUUCCUGAAAAAAGUCUCCCUGUCUGGAAACCCCUUCCACUGUGACUGCAGGAUCCAGUACCUGAGAAACUGGUUGCUGAGAAACAAGGGUGUUGUUUCAGAGGAGCCUGUUUGUUCGAGUCCCAGCUCUGUGGCUCAGAAAGCCAUCUCUGAACUUCCAGAUGACUACUUCUCAACCUGCAAAUUAACAAGUUGUGCUUAUCUGACGUACACCACUGUGUUAGGGGUGAUGCUGUGCUGCCUCAUUCUGUUGCUUCUGUGGAACUUGAGACUUGCAAGAAGGUCCACUUUCAUUCUCUCCUUUCAUGAGAGACAUUCUGGAUUGGAGGCCUAUUCUUUGCAGUCACUUAAACCUAGACACAGAAGGAGGGUGUACACAGGACUGUCCGGAGUCAGUGAGGACUCGGAUUCUCUCACAUGGUCAGAGAAAUUAGAGAGGCCGCUUAUCAACAUGGAGCUACUGCCGCAAGUAUUAGAUGUGUUACACAAGAAGCACAACAUAAAGAUUAAGGCUACCUGAUAGAUUUAUUUGUUAAUUUCUGUAAUUACACACUACAAGUGACAAUUAAACAAAGAAGCUGAAACACAUGAGGAAAAUGGAUUUCUUCUUUUUUUCCCCUUGGUUAAUUUUUUUUUGUGAUUAAUUGCAGCUGUUAUGUUACCUGAAACUACAUUUAUCAGAUUCUUAUUUUUCAUAAUGGAGCCUAUCCACUAUCUAUACAGCUUUGUCUAUUUAGGGUAUAAUGGAGCGUAAUUUGAUGUUAGAAAAAAAAAAUAAAAAAUCAUUUUUUGAUACACCAGAAACUUUAAGUCUGCUGUUGCACACCGUGAAUUGUUCUGCACAAAUUCUCCUACAUUUGACUUGUUCAGAUUUUUAUUUUUGUUUAUUAAAUUUUUUUUACCUACAAAUGUGUUGGAAUUGACUGAAAUCUGUAUUUAAAAAAAAGUCUGCAAUUAUGUGGCUUGUUCUGUUUAACCUUUUAUGGUGAAUAUGGGUUUAAAUUAUGGACUUUAUGCAUACAGUAUCAAUAAGUUUAUCUUACAGGAAAGUAAAUUUUAGCAAACAAAUUAACAUAACCACAAUUAAAAUGUCUGUUUUUAAAACAUAUCUCUUGCAGCCACCUAAUACUUAAAGCCUGGACCCAUAUGGGUCUCUUUGCCUUUUAUUUCUUCCUCGCCACGUGCAAUGCAGCUCUGUAGGCUGACAUCAGGUGGUUAGCUGCUGGAUUGCUAUUGCAUCAUGUUUUGGAUUGCUGUCCAUCUGCGCUGUGAAGCCCCAUCUGAUCAGCUUUGCUGUGUUUGGACGAAUCUGAGCAGACAGUAUAUGCCUGCACACUUCAGAAUUUAUUCUGCUGCUUGAAUCUUCUGUGACCUGGUUCCAGUGGAAGCUACUUAUGCUUAUGUCACCAUGAUGCCUACAUGUGUAGCAGAUGAUGUUUUAUACUUCACAUUAUGGGUCUUUUCCAACCUUUUCUCUUCUAGACAUUCUGGUACAGACUGACCUUAGUCUCAUCUGUUCAAUGAUAUUUGUUUAUCCUUUUUUUUCUGUCUAAUCUGGCCUUUCUGUCCAUGCAAUGAGUAUUUUGCACCUUUUAGUGAACUUUCUUUAUUAGAAGUCUUUUCUUAGUGCUAUAUUUAGACCACCAAAUAUACCACAAAGAAGUACCUUCCAGUGCAUGGUGCACAAAGGCAGAAGGGAGUGCACCCACUUUUAUGACUCUUGAGAUUUGCAUUGCAUUUAGAUAUGUAUUUUACUCAUAUGGUUAAGGUAUAUAUACCCUGUUCUUCUUGGCCUCUGACUGGCUGUGCUUGUUGCCUUCAUUGAAUGGGUUGGUCAGGUUUAGGCAUAAGACACACUGAAUGGUUGAAGAUACAAGAAAGCCACAGGCAGAGUAGGAAGGGACACAUAUUUGCCUCUAGUCAAGCUAAUGUUCAUUUUAAACAAAUUGUACUCCUGUAGUAAAACAGUUUAGGUGUUAGGUGCACAAAAACCUAAUGUGGCAGAAUAUUCUCACCUCACCUUUAUAACAGGAUGUUCAUUCUUUUCUCCUUAUUGAUAGAUGAAUAAAUAUAUAAAAUAGCCUGUUCAGAAGCAAAAUCGAGAGUAUCACACCCUUGAUGGAGAAUGAACUCUUGAAUGAAUAACCUGAAAGUUUUCUUUUUAAGUAGAAAAGACCCUGAACUCAUCCACCUCUGUUGUCGUCCAUUUACAUUCAGGCUUUCUUUUAAUUUUCUGAACUCAUCUUUGCUCUUUCUGAAUGUACUGAACUGAAUAUUUGGCCAUUCCUUAAAGUUUGUGAACUUUCAGGAGCUG